UCCGAGUACUCGGGCACGGAAGGGGCCGAAAGUUUCUCGUUCUCCUCCACGUGGUUGACUCGGGUGUGACCAGUGCUAAGCUGUCAGCCGCCGAUAUAAGUCUCUCUCGUUGGCGACUCUUCCUCCUUCCCGUUCUCAGCAUUAUCAUCCAUCCACCUACCGUACUCCCCCACCCGACGCGGGUGUAAGAGCUUCCUUCUGCUUACCUGGCACUUAAACCCCCAAGGUACUCAACCAAACCAAACCAACCCAAACCAAACCAAACCAGAACCACCUCCUUCACCUUCUCCAUCCAUCCACCCACCCAUCCACAAUAUGCCACCCUUCCCCAACCCCCGCCAGCUAUGCUCAACCCUCCUCGCCGAAUCCGGCCUCCCCAGCGUGUCCGCCACCGGCCGGGACGCCAUCCUGAUUCUCCUCUCCCGCGCGUGCCGCAUGUUCGCCUACGGCGCCAGCUCGCUCGUCCUCGCCCUCUUCUUCGCCUCGCUCGGCAUCCCAGACGCCCGCAUCGGCCUGUUCAUGACCCUCACACUGGCGGGGGACGUGGUCCUGAGCCUGCUAUGCGCGAUGAUCGCGGACCGCGUCGGCAGGCGGCGCAUGCUGCUCCUCGGGUCGUGUCUGAUGAUCCUCUCCGGGUUGACGUUCGCCUUGAGCGAGGCCUUCUGGGUGCUGCUGGGCGCGGCCGUCGUUGGGGUCGUCAGUGCCACGGGCGGCGACUUUGGGCCCUUCCGGGCGGUCGAGGAGAGCAUCCUCAGCGAGCUGGCCGGGCCGGAGACGAGGCCGGAUGUGUUAAGCUGGUAUGUCACGCUCGCGAGUCUGGGGUCGGCCGUGGGCACCGAGAUGAGCGGGAGGAUUGUGGAGGGGUUGGGGCGGAGGGAGGGCUGGACGCUGGUAGAUGCGUAUCAUGGCUGUUUUGCGCUGUAUGCGGUUAUGGGCGCGGUCAAUUUGGCGUGUGCUGCAAUGUUGUCGGAGAGAUGUGAGUUGAGGGUCAGAGGGGGAGAGACGGCGCCGCUUCUUGAGGAGGUCCAGGAGGAGGAGGAGGACGAGCUUGGACGGGUGGAGCGAAAGAACAAGAAGGAGGCACGAACGAGCUGGGUCGCGCAGAUCUCCCGCGAGACGCUCUCGGUGGUGGCGGUGCUCUGGUUCCUGCUCAUGGUGGACUCGCUGGCCGACGGCAUGGCCAACAUGUCGCUGACGACCUACUACAUGGACCGCAAAUUCGCGCGGCUCCCGAAGUCGGCGCUGGGCGACAUCGUCUCGGCGGCCUACUUCCUGUCGGCGCUCUCCAGCAUCUUUGCGGGGCCCCUGGCGCGACACAUCGGGCUGGUCAACACCAUGGUCUUCACGCACAUCCCCUCGUCGACGGCCGUGUUGCUGUUUCCGCUGGCCCGGAACGUCCCGCUCACCUUCGCGCUGCUGCUGCUGCGCGUCGGGCUCAACAACAUGGACCAGGCGCCGCGGGCCGCGCUGAUUGCCGCCGUGGUGCGCCCGGAAGAGCGCACGGCCGUCAUGGGCAUCACCGGCAUGCUGCGCACGCUCGCCUCAACCACGGGGCCGAGCAUCACGGGCGUCUUGGCGGGCAGCGACCGGUUCUGGAUCGCCUUCGUCGUGGCUGGCGGGCUGAGGCUGGCGUACGAUGUCGGGCUGUUUGCGCUGUUCAUCAACAUCAAGUUGCAUAAGCAUGAGGCGGGGGUGGAGGCAGAUGAGGUGUCAGAGGAGACGUCGCCAGAAAGAGAGACGGAGCAACCUGAGCCAUGACAAGAGUACGAGGCAAAAGAGUGUUAAUGAAGGCAAGUCGAA